AUGGUCAUGUCAGUACACUUAUGCAAAGUUUUUUCUGGUACUAUUUUCUCAUUGAAAUUUCAGUGCUCAAUGCCGUCAUCACUGCUUGAUGUUGCUGGUGGAGUGGCCAAAUUGAAUACCGGUUUCGCGUUACCGUUGAUUGGCUUAGGUACGUACAAGGUGACUGGUCAAGAAACGGUUACGAACGUCAUCGAUGCAGCACUCAGAGCUGGCUAUCGAAUGUUCGAUACGGCCAAAUACUAUCAUAAUGAACCCGAGAUUGGUAACGCUUUGCAGGAACUACUCCCAAAAUAUGGUUUGAAACGAGAGGAUAUUUUUAUAACGACGAAAUUCUUUCCAAGUGCAUCGAACAAUACGGAGUUCGCUAGGAAGAUGGUUGAACAGUCACUGAAUGAUCUCAAAACCAGCUAUUUGGAUUUGAUGUUGAUUCAUUAUCCGAGAUCAAGUGAUCGCGCUGAUGAUGAUCCAUUGAAUGCGGAAUGCCGUCGUGAUGCAUACAUCGAAUUGGAAAAGAUCAAAGAUGAAGGUACCAUACGAUCAGUUGGUGUGUCGAACUAUGAAAUAAAUCACAUCGAAGAAAUUAAAAAAUUUGGUAAAAUGAUGCCCGCAGUAAAUCAAGUAGAAUUUCAUCCACAUUUCACGCGGAAACCAUUGCAUGAUUAUUGUGAUAAGGAAGGCAUUUUCUUUCAGGCAUAUUCCUCGUUAGGACGUAAUCAUGAGGAUUUGAUUGGUGAUAAGGUUAUCAAGAAAAUCGCUGAAAAGCAUAAUACCUCUCCACAGAUGAUUCUACUCGCAUGGCCACAUUGCACCGGUGUUGGUAUUGUACCGAAAUCAGCGAAUCCUUCAAGAGUUGUCGAUAAUUUCAAGGCGAUCGACAUAAAACUGAAUGAAGAAGAAUUGAAGGAAAUAAGUGCGCUGAAUCGCGAUAAACAUUACAUUCGCUGUGAAGGAUGGAAAGUCUUAUGA